CCUGCCAGGGAGAAAAGAACCCUAACAUCAUCUCUUUCUCAACAAAAAGGCAACAAUGCGGCGGAUGGGUUGAUACUUUUUUAAUCUGUAAAAGGAUCAUCGUUAGGGCUUUUCUGCUAGUUUUGGCUGUUCUAUCUUCUUCUACCUUACGUUAUGGAUGGGGAUGGAAUGGGGAUGCGUGGUUGGGCCUACUACGAGCAGACCUUGAAAGGCAACUUGGGGCUACAGCUCAUGUCCAUGGUCUCAACCGAGUGCGAAUCGACGAAGCUGCUUCUUCCGAAUGGAGUCUUCGUCCGCCAUGACUGUGAGACUCCUCCUCAGCCAUCAGUUCCAAUGGAUUUUGUGCGAAAUGGUUGGAUCAACCACAGAGACAACAAAAUGGUCCACAUGCUCCCCUUCAAUCAUGGUUACUCGAUCCUUUCUGAACCUCAUGGAGUCCAUUCACUGCCAAUGGUACAACAACCUGCGCCUCCGCCAGAGGAUGGAAAGGCGGUCGUAUUGAUUGAAAAUGAAUUGCAAAGUGUAAAGGAGGCACCUUUGAGAAAAAGAUCCCAAGUGCAGCCUCACCCUUGCAAGGCCCCUAGGAUUAAGAAGCCAAAGAAGGUUCCUUCACCAAAUGAUGAGUCUACUGGCCAUUCUGGUGAUCGAGCAAGGACUGCAAAGAAGAGUACUGAUAUCGUUAUAAAUGGAUUUGACCUGGACAUUUCAAGCAUACCUACGCCAGUGUGCUCUUGCACAGGCAGUCGGCGGCAAUGCUAUAAGUGGGGAGUUGGAGGGUGGCAAUCUGCUUGCUGCACUACUUAUAUUUCAAUGCACCCACUCCCUAUGAGCACAAAGAAGAGAGGGGCGCGAAUUGCUGGCAGGAAGAUGAGCCUCGGCGCAUUCAAGAAGGUCCUGGAGAAGCUCACUGGGGAAGGAUAUAGUUUGUCUAACCCAAUUGACUUGAAGAAUCAUUGGGCAAAACAUGGUACGAAUAAAUUUGUAACAAUCAGGUAAAAGUUGUACAAAUUUCAUUAGCUAUGUAGGUACCUGAGCUCUGCAUUGAGCCUUCUCUUACCUGUAUAUGAGCAUAUCGACUUUUGCAGAGGCUCUUUGAUAGUGUGUAGGGUUGAUGUGUCUUUACAUGCUUUCGGAAAUUAUAUCUUUAGUGGGCAGAAGUUUUGUAGUUUUCUGUUUAAUAUUUGCAACAUGUAGUUCUGAUGAACAAGCUGUUGUCAAA